AUGUCUGACCCAAUUGUCGAUGCUGCGCAGAAGCACCCUGCGCCAGAGGGACUGGUGUACACAUAUGGCACUGCCGGGUUCCGAACAAAAGCUGAUGUCCUCGAUUCCGUCUUGACACGCGUUGGUUUGAUUGCAGCCCUCCGAUCACGGGCACUCAAGGGAAAAUGGAUUGGAGUCAUGAUCACGGCUUCCCACAACCCACCUCAGGAUAACGGUGUAAAGCUUGUUGAGCCAAUGGGCAACAUGCUGCAGGAAGAUUGGGAGGUUAUCAGCACUGAGAUGGCAAACAAGGCCACGCCAGAAGACGUUUCCAAGUACUACCAAGAGAUUGCGGACCAGCACAAGAUCGAUCUCAGCACCCCUGCUCGCGUCGUUGUAGCCCGAGACACGAGGGCGUCAGGAUCAAGGCUACUCGGAUGCCUUGUCGAUGGUCUCAACGGCGCCGGCGCCGAGACCAAGGACUAUGGGUUCUUGACCACACCCCAGUUGCACUAUAUGGUUCGUUGCCUCAACACCCAGGGCACACCAGACGCCUAUGGCGAGCCUACCGAAAAGGGCUACUAUGAGAAGUUUGGCACAGCCUUCAAGGAAGCCCUGCGUGGCAAGAAGCCUUCAGGCAGCCUGACGGUCGAUUGCGCCAACGGUGUUGGUGGACCCAAGUUGAACGAGCUGAUCAAGCAUCUGCCAUCCAAGGAGGAGGGCGGUCUCGAGAUUUUUGUCAUCAACGACAAUGUCAUCAAGCCCGAGAGUCUGAACGUUGACUGCGGUGCAGACUUCGUCAAGACCAACCAGCGAGCACCCCCGUCAUCAAAGGCUGGCCCUGGGGACCGAUGCUGCUCGCUUGACGGUGAUGCUGACCGUGUCGUGUACUACUUCAAGGACGAGAAGAAUGUGUUCCGCCUGCUCGAUGGCGACCGUAUCGCAACCCUUGUUGCUUCGUUCCUAGGCGACACGGUGCGUCAGAGCGGACUUGCCGACAAGCUUACUAUUGGAGUUGUUCAAACGGCAUAUGCAAACGGCGCCGCCACAAAGUAUGUCGAAGAGACACUGAAGCUCAAGGUCGACUGCACACCUACCGGUGUCAAGUACCUGCACCACGCGGCUGAAAAGCUGGAUAUUGGUGUCUACUUUGAGGCCAACGGCCACGGCACCGUCAUCUUCUCUGCUGACACGCUCGAUACGAUCGCAAAGCACGAGCCUCGUAACCCUGGUGAGAAGGAGGCUCUCGAUGUGCUUCGUGCAUGCAUCAACCUCAUCAACCAGUCAGUUGGAGACGCGCUCUCUGACUUUUUGCUCGUCGAGGUCGUUCUCGCACACAAGCAUUGGGGCCCGCAAGAGUGGCUGUCGACAUACAGCGACCUGCCUAAUCGCCUUCUCAAGGUGCAAGUGCAGGACCGAAGGAUCUUCAAGACGACGGACGCCGAGCGAAAACUUACGUCACCUGAGGGCCUCCAGACGCAGAUCGACAAGGAAGUUCAAAAGGUGCGCCAAGGGCGCUCUUUUGCUCGUGCCAGUGGUACCGAGGACGCAGUUCGUGUAUACGCAGAGGCCGAAACACGAGCUGAGGCCGACGAUUUGGCCAGGAAGGUGCACGAUCUCGUCAAGGCGGCGGGUGGCGCUUAG